AUGGAACCCCCGAUGAAAAAACGCCCGUAUGAGUCAAAUGAUUUCUGUGAUGCAGAUAGGCCGAUAACGCCUUCUGUGACUUUUGAAAACUGGCCCAGAUUCUUGGUUAUCUCAACUCAGGAUGGCACUCCACUCAAGUUGAAUCCUUUUGCCAUUGAGAAGACUAUUCAGGGCAUUGCUGGCGAUGUUGAAGAUGUCAAAAUAUUACGCAGUGGUUGUCUACUUAUUAAAUGUAGACGACAGAAACAGGCUGUCAAUCUUCUUUCCACCAAGACCCUCGCAACUGUUCAAGUUGUGGUUUCCCCACACCGAUCCUUGAACAGCUGUAAGGGGAUAGUGCGAGAUAGUGGUCGUUUACUUGCUGACAUGACUGAGGAUGACAUUUUGGAAGAACUAAAGAGCCAACAUGUUAUCUCUGUAAAACGUUUCUCUUCCAAACGACAUGGUGCGAUCAUUAAGACCAACACGUAUCUGUUUACCUUUGGUCUUUCCAAAAUACCUAACUCAAUUAAAGCCGGAUAUUGUAAUAUCAAAGUGGAUCUGUACAUCCCUAAUCCUCUAAGAUGCUACAAAUGCCAACAUUAUGGACAUGGAUCUAGAACGUGCAAUAAAGACGCUGCUUGCAAUCGUUGUGGCGGUAACUGUGAUGACAGUACUGAAUGUAACAAAGAUCCUUCAUGUGUCAACUGUGGCGGUAAUCACGUUUCCUCUUCCAAAGAUUGCCCCAUAUGGAAACGCGAAUCCAAGAUCAUGAAAAUCAAACAUGAAAGGAAUGUAUCUUUUCAAGAUGUGAAGAAGAUUGUUCUGGGCGAAGAACAGUCCAUACACAGUUCCUAUUCUGCAGCCGUUACUCGACCAAUUUCACAGUCUGUUCCGCAACAUGUUCCAUGGUUGUCGGACCGAUUAUACAUGGACUGA